AUGGGGCAGCUCAGGGCGGCGCCUGGAGGCGGCGGGGACUGCCUGAUCAAGCUGUUCGGGAAGACCAUCCCCGUGCCGGACGCCGGCGACAAGGUUGGUGCUCAUGACCUUCAGCACAGAGGCAGCAGCGCCACGGCUGAACCGAAGGUGCAAGAAAUCGCCCCUCAGGACUCCACGGGCUCGCCUCCGCAGCAGCCGGAGGUUGUGGACGUCGAGGACCCAUCCGCUGCCAAGAACUCGGCAGCAGAUCAACAAGAUGAAGAGCAGGGCGACACGGCGAACCAGAAGGAGAAGCUCAAGAAGCCUGACAAGAUCCUGCCCUGCCCCCGGUGCAGCAGCAUGGACACCAAGUUCUGCUACUACAACAACUACAACAUCAACCAGCCGCGCCACUUCUGCAAGAACUGCCAGAGGUACUGGACGGCCGGAGGCGCCAUGCGCAACGUGCCCGUGGGCGCGGGCCGCCGCAAGAGCAAGAGUCUGUCAGCCGCCUCCCACUUCCUUCAGAGGAUAAGGGCUGCUCUGCCCGGUGAUCCUCUCUGCACCCCGGUCAACACCAACGGCACGGUGCUCAGCUUUGGCUCCGAUGCGUCCACCUUAGACGUCUCAGAACAGAUGAAGCACAUAAAGGAUCUCAGCUCGGUAACCCGGACUGAGAACACCGAUGCCCCAUCAGUAGGGUCUUCUGCUGAAGGAUGGGCAAAGGGAGAAGAGUCGAGCCAAAUGAACCCGAGGGAGAGAGUUGCAGCAGAUAGAUCCGCAAAUUUUGUGCAGCAUCCGUGCAUGAACGGGGCAGCCAUGUGGCCAUUCAGUUGUGCACCACCACCUGCCUAUUUCCCCUCAAACGUAGCAAUUCCAUUCUAUCCAGCUGCUGCUGCUGCCUACUGGGGCUGCAUGGUUCCGGGAGCCUGGAACACUCCAUGGCAGCCACAGCCGCAGCCGCAGCCGCAGUCUCAGUGUCAAUCUAGCUCACCACCUAGUGCUGCUUCUCCGGUAUCGACAAUGUCCAGUUGCUUCCAAUCCCGAAAGCACCCUAGAGACGGUGAUGAGGAAAGAGAUACCAAGGGUAAUGGCAAGGUGUGGGUGCCCAAGACGAUCCGGAUCGAUGACGUAGAUGAGGUGGCCAGGAGUUCUAUCUGGUCACUUAUUGGGAUCAAGGGCGACAAGGAGGAGAAGGAUGAUGGCAAAGGGUGUAAGCUUGCAAGGGUUUUUGAUCCAAAGGAUGAGGCAAAGACGUCAAGCCACAGAGGUAACAAUAGCCUGCCAUUCUUGAAGGGGAACCCUGCUGCACUGUCACGCUCAGUCAACUUCCAUGAGAGAUCUUGA